AUGGAAGGCCCUUUGGCCUUGGCAGCUCGACAAGGCCCUGGGUCCGGCCCCUUGCGCUCACCUGGGGGUGAGCCCGAAGGCGCCUUGCUUGAGGAUGCCCAGCACAGCGCUGCCAUGGGGCGCCUGCCCAGGUCACGAACCUUCGGCGCGCCCCGGGUCCUUCAGCCCUUUCCAAAGCCUCCUAUUCCGUCGUGGCAGUCAUGGCGGCGAGGUCGCGAUGCCUCAACACGGCCGCCUCCGCCGGAAGCUGGGGGGGACCCAUGCAACUCGAAGAGGUCCGCCGCUUGUGUGCGACUCCGCCUUGCUCGGAGGGCUGCCGCUCUGGUGAUCUGCAAACGCCCGCCCCGAAGUCGAGAACCUCGUGGAAUGGAACGCCCUUGGCCUUGGAACCGCGGUGAAUGGAAGGCCCUUGGCCUUGGCAGCUCGACAAGGCGGGGCCUCUUGAACGUCUUUCCCGAAACUCGUGAAUGGAACGCCCUGGGCGCCCACCAGGAGGUGGUCCGCCUGCUGCUCAAGGCCGAGACGCGGAGCGCUCGCAGCACGAAAUGUUCGGCAGGCUUGUGA